GCUGCGUUUGUUACAGGCUUUCGGCUCUCCCGGGCAGGAACAGCUGCCAAGCGCCAGUGCCAGGGGUAAGGGGGAGGAGAGCGGGCUCUGCCACAUCCAUGGAACCCAGGAGGGCCAGCUAGCGAUGACUCUCUCGGCUAUGAUGGAGGAUCCUGUGCCAAUCGGAGAAGAUAAGUACAUUCCCAAGAAGGAACUCCUGGGACAUUUGAAGACCUAUAACUAUUAUUACGAAGGACAGACAGCUCAGCUCCGUUCCCGCGAGGAAGAGAACGAGUUGAUCAUCGAGGGGCUGCUGAACAUUUCCUGGGGGCUGAGGCGUCCCAUCCGACUGCAGAUGCAGGAUGACAAUGAGAGGAUCAGGCCCCCCCCUUCCUCGACCUCCUGGCAUUCCGGCUGCAGCAUCGAGGCAAACAGGCUCCUGAAGACAACAUUUGUCAUCCCAGAUGUCAAAGUGGAUGAGGCCGAGAAUCUGCCUGAGGACAAGGAGCCUGUCUCUCACACUGAUGACAAUUCCCAGGAGCGCUGCCCCCCAGGAGAGGCAGGUAGCUCCCAGCUGAUGAGGACCAAGAGCGACGCGGGGGCUCUGAUCGUUCGGCGAGCCAACCUGCGCUCCCCCAGCGACAAGAAGAGGAUCAGGCGCCAUCGGUUCUCAAUCAACGGCCACUUCUACAACCACAAGACAUCCGUUUUCACACCAGCGUUCGGUUCAGUGACAAACGUUCGCAUCAACAGUACCAUGAGCUCGCUUCAAGUCCUCAACUUGCUCCUGAACAAGUUUAAGAUUGAGAACAGUUCUGAUGAGUUUGCACUUUAUAUAGUCCACACCAGUGGAGAAAGGACCAAGUUGAAGGAUUCAGACUACCCCCUGAUCUCCCGCAUCCUUCAGGGACCCUGUGAAGCCAUAGCGAAAAUAUUUCUGAUGGAGAAGGAUCUGGGGGAAGAGGUCACCUACGAUGUUGCUCAGUACAUUAAGUUUGAAAUGCCAGUGCUGCAGAGUUUCAUUGUCAAACUGAAGGAAGAGGAAGAUCGAGAGGUGAAGAAAUUAACACGGAAGUAUUCGGUCAUGCGUGCUGUUCUCGAGACACGGGUGCAAGAGCUAACAGAGUCCUGGGCACAGAUCUGAGUCCUGGCACAGCGGCUGGGACAAAUGGCACAAGAGAUUUAGAAGCGGGCACUCUCUCAGAUGCUGAUAUUGGGUGACAAUGCCCUGACUAUGCACUUCUCGACCUCCCCUGGAGUGGGACCUUGGCACCUUCCAGACUGUCAGUUGUCUCCAUCUGUUGGU